AUGAAUUCAGAUUCCAUCCCUACAGAACUCCUCAGGGAGAUAUUGUCGAGAUUGCCUACAAAGUCAAUCGCGAGGUUUCAUUGCGUGUCAAAGCAGUGGGAAUCACUAUUUGACCAUGCAUAUUUCAGAGAGUUGUUCCUGACCAGAUCCUUCUCGGAUCAUCCGCGUAUCUUGUUCGUCAUUGAAAAAGAGGGUUUGUGGAGCAUCUUCUCGGUGCCUCAACGUCUUCGUCCAUAUGAGAAGCCUUCGUCGUUGUCUUCUCUUGUAGUAUCUUCUGAGUUUCAUAUGAAGUUCCCUCCAGAAAAUAUGCGGAUCGAUGCUGGUAGAGGCGGACGAUUUGCAUUUGGCUAUGCCUCAGGUUUGAUGUAUUUCUCUGGUAUGAGGAUCAAAGAGGAAGAUUACCGUCGCAUGCCUGUGAUAUGUAACCCUAAAACGGGACGGUAUGGGACCUUACCUUCUUUUAUUAAGUACUGGUACACAGUGGUGCAUAGCUUUUUCGGGUUUGAUCCGAUUGACAAGCAAUUCAAGGUAUUGGCCAUGGAGUAUCCCUUUCGUCAUAAUCAUCAUAAAAUCAUGACGUUAGCACCAGGAGAAACGACAUGGAGAAGAAUCAAAUGUUCCUUCAAACAUGAGAAGGUGAGUGAAGGGAUAUGCGUUAAUGGGGUUUUGUAUUACUUAGGUGAAACGUGUGAGGACAAGGUUGAUGACGAGGAUGAGUAUGAGAAAUUUGUGUUAGUUUGUUUUGAUGUUAGGUCUGAAGAAUUCAAGUUUAUUUAUCUUGAAAGGUUUUGCGAGUUGAUCAACUAUAUGGGAAAAUUAGGUGUGAUUCAUUAUGAUUACGUUGAUGAUGCCAUGGAGUUGCUUGUGUGGGUUCUUGAGGAUUUCGAGAAACAGAAAUGGUCCAAAUACGAAUACACCUUGAAGGAUGAUAAGUUCUUACCUUAUCACGUUUCCAUCGUUGGAGUGAGUGCUACGGGUGAAAUUGUUUUGUCAAUGGGAGAUUAUACAUCUGAGCAACCGUUUUAUGUUUUCUACUUCAAUCCCGAAAGGAACACUCUCCAACGUGUUGAAAUCAAAGGUUUUGGAGAGUACCAUGAAGCGUUGGACAAGCCUAGUAGAGUGCACGUGUUUGUAGACGAUUGUAGUAGAUUUUACGCCUUUGCUGACCAAGUUGAGGAUCUUAAUGUUAACGAUCACAUGCUACUCGAGUGA